AUGCCUACCGAUCCACGUAAUGGCCGACAUGCUAGAUUGUUUAACGAUCCACCAGUGGAUAUUUCCGUAAAACGUUUUCCACUUACCAUAUCUAUCUAUCUAUCUAUCUAUCUAUCUAUCUAUCUAUCUAUCUAUCUAUCUAUCUCACCCAUUCUAUCUAUCUAUCUAUCUAUCUAUCUAUCUAUCUAUUUCACCCAUUCUUCUAUCUAUCUAUCUAUCUAUCUAUCUAUCUAUCUAUCUAUCUAUCUAUCUAUUUCACCUAUUCUUCUAUCUAUCUAUCUAUCUAUCUAUCUAUCUCAUGUUCUUUAUAUGUAUCUGUCUAUUUUAGUCUGUUCAUAUCUAUCUAUUUUUCUUUCUAUCGAUCAAUUUGGCUGCAGGUUCAUAAUUAUCUAUCUAUCUAUCUAUCUAUCUAUCUAUCUAUCUAUCUCAUUCUGUUCAUAUUCUGGUCAUAUCUAUCUAUCUAUUUAUCUAUCUAUACGUCUGUAUAAUUUUUCUAUAAAUCUAUCUAUCUGCCUGUAUAUAUCUAUCUUUCUAUCUAUCCCAUUCUCUUUCUGUUGCUUAUUUAUAUCUAUCUAUCUAUCUAUCUAUCUAUCUAUCUAUCUGCCAUUUAAUAUCUGUAUCUCCCUCUCUCUCUUUCUCUUUAUCUCACUCUCUAUCUUUUUCUCUCUCUCUCUCACUCUAAAUAUAUAUAGAUCCCAGGCUGUUCAUAUUAUCUAUCUAUCUAUCUAUCUAUCUAUCUAUCUAUCUCAGCCUAUACAUGGUUAUGUACGUAUCUAUUUCAUUAUGUUCAUCAAUCUAACUCUCUCUCUCUCUCUCUCUCUUUCUCUCUCUCUCCCUGCUUAUAUAUAUCGUACUAUCUAUGUUCUGAUCUAUAUGUACAUCUAUCAUCUAAUCUGUCUCUGGUUGACUGUCUUUCUCUGUGCCUGCUUAUAUAGGUAA